AUGCUAGGAGAUUUUAAUUAUUCCUCAUAUGCAAAUGCCUCUCGUGCUGGCCUCGCGCCACGUCUAUGGCUGCAUUUUGUCGCUAACCACUUUGUAGACUGUGUCACUUUGUCUGACGCUCAACCUAUGCCUACCUUUCAUCGCGACCUUUCCUCUUCGACUAUUGACUACAUAUAUGCCUCCAAGGAUAUAGCGUCUUGUCACUCUUCGUCCACCGUCACAUUUGUUCAGCCCCUGUGGACCGAUCAUUGCCUUGUAUGUACCUGUCUUAGUUUUCCUAUGCUGUCUCACAUUGGUCGAGGUUUGUGGUGUGCGAACCCUCGUUUGGCAAACAUCCCUUCCUUCCGCUCCUCCCUGUCCGACUGUCUUUCAUCCUUCAUACCACUACUCUCGCCUUCAAUUUCCCCCCAAUCACAAUGGGAUCUGAUCAAAGUCGAAGUGGCUCGUUUCACAUGUUCAUAUUCAUGCACAACCCGCCCAUCACUUGCCACUUUGGAGUUUAUACAAUACCGCUCCUUUCCUCCCAUUUCUCUCGGCACUUUCUGCCAGCCUAUUUGGCUCGGCGGUCUAGGGGUCCUUGAUCCUCAGGUUCAACAGGCUGCUCUUCAGUUGCGCUGGCUCUGGCCUCUUGUCCGCUCUCCGCUGUCCCCCUCUGGCCUGGUCCCGCCUUGGUUCUCUUAUGUCCUCUGCCUCGACUCCUCAUCUGCUGAUCCACUUGUUCCUUUGAUAUUUCCAUCUCUCCGAUCCUCUCAUCAGCGUGAUUUUGACUCUCCUCUGGCCACCCUACUUGCUGCCAUUGAUCUUCUCCCUCACAACUUCUCUGACGUGGUAGUCAACCUCCCCACCUGUCUCUCUCUGCCUCUCUCCUAUCUCACUACCGCACAACCAGACCACCCUCCCUUUCCAUCUGCAUGGUGCGAUCUCCAGGUUUCCGACGCCUAUGAAGUAGAUCCUAGUUUCAGCGUGCUUGCCCAAUGCCCCCUCCACCGCAUACUCCAUCGUCCUAUUGUCCUUCACCAGUUCUUCGAACGUCUCUACACUCGCUCUCUUGUCUUGCACCCUGUCUUGUAUCGUGCCACCAUUCCCCCCGCGAUCUGUGCCAUACAGUUUCCUUUGCUAGAUAUGCCUUCCGGUACAGCUGUCGAUGUGCGUCCUUUCUUGACAGCUCUUGUCCCCGGCAUCCCUUGGCAUUGUUUGUCCACCCAGUCUUUCCGCCUACUCUGCAAUUUCCACUCCAAAUCCGCACGCCCCAUAAGCCCCACACUCGUCCCUCGCCAGCUUCGUCGGUUUUGGUCCUUCCCCCUGCCACAUGGGGCCCGCAACGUUUGGUUUCGUGCCCUGCACAAGAACAUUCCUUGCUGUUCUCGCCUCAAUUCUAGGAUCCCUACCGCUUUCCCAGACCCAUCCUGUGCCCUCUGCUCUCACCCUCUGGACAAUCAAACUCAUUUUUUGUUCCAGUGUCUGGUCAAACUGUCCGUAUGGUCGUCAAUCUGGACGUUGUACUUUGCCCAGACCGCAACACCCACUGUCUUGCUUUCUGGUUUGCAAUCCUUCACAUUCCCUUCUUGCACCGAUUCUUCUCUUUCUGCUGCCUCAAUUUUUGGCUGCACGCUGCUAGCUAUAUGGCGCCAUCAUUGGCUGUUCAUAUUUGAUCACGUUCCUUUUGUCUCCUCCGCUGCCUUUUCCACUGCUUCCUCUCUUCUCGACCACCUCAAGAGCGAACUUGCUCUCGACUUUCCCCCCCUUUAG